AUGUUUAUGUGUAGAAAAGUCAUCAACAAGAGCACAGGCUAUGUUGACCUAGAAAUGGCAGAUGUGCUCCAAGGAAUAGUUCCAAAAGCUUUUAUUUUCCUGAAUCCUCCAUGGUCUACAGUCUUCAAAGGAGAAAAGAUGAUACUCACAUGCAAGGAUUUACACUCUCCAGGUGAAGGAGAUGUAAUUUGGUACAAAGAAGAAAAGCUCUGGAAAACAGAGUCUGAAGAGAUUCAAGUUGAAAAGUCUGGAUCUUACAAAUGCAAGACUCAGGCAUCUUCUCUCAGUGACCCUGUGCAUGUGAAAUUUUUAUCUGAUGAGCUGAUCUUGCAGGUUUCACAUCCUAUAUUUGAAGGAGAAGAUGUACAUCUGAGAUGCCGAAUGAAAAAAAACCAAAACAGUAAUAAUAAAUGGACUUACUACAAAGAUGGAGAAAUAAUUGGUGAUACCGACUCAGAUUUCAUACUAAGUUCAGUAUCUGGUGACAAUAGCCAAUAUCAUUGUACUGCUUAUAAACAUAAAAUUCUAGAAUAUAUUAAAUGGGCAGAAGCUUCAAAACCUCUAAUGAUCCAAAUUCAAGAGUUGUUUCCACAACCUGUGCUGACAGUCAGUCCUUUAAAGCCAAUAGAAGGGAAUCCAGUGACUCUCAAGUGUGAAACCUGGCUCCCUCCACGAAAGUUCAGUACUUCGCUUCAAUUCUGUUUCUUUCGAGAAAACCAAAUCCUUGGGUCAGGCUGGAGCAGCUUCCCAGAGCUCUACAUCCCUGUCUUGUGGAGUGAAGACUCUGGAUCUUAUUGGUGUCAGGCUCAGACAACUAAUCACAGAGUCAUGAAAAGAAGCUUGAGACACCAGAUACAUGUUCAGAGAGUUCCUAUAUCUGCAGUGAAACUGGAGAUACAACCUCCUGAGGGACAGAGGAUUGAAGGAGAAAAUCUGUUCCUUAUCUGCUCAGUGGCCCAAGGCACAGGAACUAUCACAUUCUCCUGGCACAGAGAGGGCACAAAUUUGGGAAGAAAGACACAAAAUUCCUUGUCAGCAGAACUGAAGAUACCCUCUGUAAAAGAGAGCGAUGCUGGGAGAUACUACUGCACAGCAGACAACUCUGAUGGUCCCAUCCUCAGUCAGCGGGUUACAGUCACAUUAAAAACUCCAGUGUCUUGCCCUGUCCUCACUUUGGGAGCUUACACUGCCCAAUAUGUGGUGGGAGACUUGGUGGAGCUUCACUGUAAGGCCCAGAGAGGUUCCCCAAUUCAGUACCAGUUCUAUCAUGAGACUGUCACCCUGUGGAGCCGUACAGCCCUCUCUGGAGGUGGAGUGUACUUCAAAGUUUCUCUUACUGAAGAACAUUCUGGAAACUACUACUGUGAGGCUGAUAAUGGCCUGGGAUCUCAGACUAGUGACAGAAUAAGUCUCAACAUCAAAGUUCCAGUGUCUCGCCCUAUGCUCACUCUCCGGGGCCCCCAAGCCCAGGCUAUGGUGGGAGAUGUUGUGGAGCUUCACUGUGAGGCCCAGAGAGGCUCUCCUCCAAUCUUAUACCAGUUUUACCAGGGGGAUGUCAACCUGGGAAACAGCUCAGCCCUCUCUGGUGGAGGAGCAUCCUUCAACCUUACCCUGACCUUUGAACAUUCGGCAAACUUCUCCUGUGAAGCAGACAAUGGACUGGAAACCCAGAGCAGUUUGGUGUUGACACUCAACAUCACAGGCGUGAGUUCCAAUGAGUCACCUGUCUCUAGAUACUCCAGAACAGAAUCCCGAGAAAUCAUCAACUUUAGGUCACAACCUUUAAUGGAUUUGCAGCCAGUAUAUAGAAAUGUUAAUUCCAAAGAUACAGACGUUGUUUAUUCACAGAUUUGGAACAUACAACAGGCAGAAGAAAAUUCAGAAAGUUCAUCAAGGAUGCAUCAAAAAGAUAAUACGGAACCUGUGUUCAUCUAUUCAGAGAUCAAGAAAGUACACAAAAUACACACAGAUGACUCUCAUGGGCAGAGGAGCGGUGGAAACAUGACCCAGGGAAGUGCUGCAGGCGAUUAUGAGAAUCUUCUAUAA